AUGGAGCUGAGCCUGGAGAGCCUGGGGGGCCUGCACGGCGUGGCCCACGCGCAGGCGGGCGAGCUGCUGAGCCCGGGCCACGCGCGCUCGGCGGCGGCGCAGCACCGCGGCCUGGUGGCGCCGGGGCCCGGGCCUGGUGGCGGCAUGGCGAGCCUGCUGGACGGCGGCGGCGGCGGCGGGGGAGGCGGGGGUGCGGGCGGCACGGGCGGCGCGAGCGGCGGCGCCGACUUCCGCGGGGAGCUGGCGGGCCCGCUCCACCCGGCCAUGGGCAUGGCCUGUGAGGCGCCCGGCCUGGGCGGUACCUACACGACGCUCACGCCCCUGCAGCACCUGCCGCCGCUCGCCGCCGUGGCCGACAAGUUCCACCAGCACGCGGCGGCCGCGGCGGUGGCCGGGGCGCACGGCGGCCACCCCCACGCGCACCCGCACCCGGCGGCCGCGCCGCCCCCGCCGCCCCCGCCGCAGCGCCUGGCGGCCAGCGUGAGCGGCAGCUUCACCCUCAUGCGCGACGAACGCGCGGCGCUCGCCUCCGUGGGCCACCUCUACGGGCCCUACGGCAAGGAGCUGCCCGCCAUGGGGUCGCCGCUGUCGCCUCUGCCCAACGCGCUGCCGCCCGCGCUGCACGGCGCCCCGCAGCCCCCGCCGCCGCCGCCGCCACCGCCGCUGGCCGCCUACGGCGCGCCGGGCCACCUGGCCGGGGACAAGCUGCUGCCGCCCGCCGCCUUCGAACCGCACGCUGCGCUGCUGGGGCGCGCCGAGGACGCGCUGGCUCGCGGGCUGCCCGGAGGCGGCGGCGGCGGCGGCGGCGGCGGCGGGGGGGCGGCGCGGGCGGCGGGGGCACCGCGGGGCUGCUGCGCGCCGCUGGGCGGGCUGGCGGCCGCCGGGGCGCACGGGUCCCACGCAGGCGGCGGCGGCCCGGGCGCGGGCGGCGGCGGCGGCGGCCCCGGGGCGGGCGCGGCGGCGGAGGAGAUCAACACCAAGGAGGUGGCGCAGCGCAUCACCGCCGAGCUGAAGCGCUACACCGAGCUGACCCGCGUCCCCUGUCUGUCCCCGCCGCGCCGGCCCGCGAACACAGCGUGCAAACGCAAGGAGCAGGAGCAACAGAAGGAGCGCGCGCUGCAGCCCAAGAAGCAGCGGCUGGUGUUCACCGACCUGCAGCGGCGCACGCUCAUCGCCAUCUUCAAGGAGAACAAGCGGCCGUCCAAGGAGAUGCAGGUCACCAUCUCGCAGCAGCUCGGCCUGGAGCUCAACACCGUCAGCAACUUCUUCAUGAACGCGCGGCGCCGCUGCAUGAACCGCUGGGCCGAGGAGCCGGCGCCCGCCCCCGCGGGCCCCGCCGGCGCCGCCGCCACCUUCUCCAAGGCCUGAGCCCCGGCGGGGGGAGGGGCGGGGGGGGGGGCGCCGGAGGGGUGCCCCGCCCCGGGGAGGGGGGGACGCCGUGCACAAGAAGGGCCCCUCCGCCCUGCGCCCCGCCCCCUCCAGGCCCAAGGGAGCCCGCCGCGCCCCCCCCCCCCACCCCGCCCCAGCGCCCCGAGGGCCGCGGAGGAAAUCCAGGGCUCGCGGCGGCGUCCCCCAAAGCGGGUCAAGAAGCACAUACUAGAAUAAACCGGGUAUUGAACAGAAGGAAUUCGAAGAAUAAGCCCCCCUCCUCCUUCCCCGGCC